CGAACCCAAAAAAAAUACAAUUCUUCAGCAAACGCCAUCAACGAUACCAAGUCCUUCAAAUAAAUAAAAAGAAGAAAAUAAAACAUAAGAACACAAACAAUGGGACCACCACGCUCAACCAUGCCCAAAAAGUCCUCCCAAGGGCAACACACCCGCGACACCAAGAAGGAGAAAAAGAAGCCGGCGCAGGCCCCUCGACGACAGGCCAAACCGCAGACGGAGUCCGAGGAGACCAACCAGAUCGAUCUCUCGGCGACCAUUCCGGUGACGCUACAGCAGUUACUGUUGAAUGUGUUCAGGUCGGCUCUGCUGAAUGACGUGUACGGUGGGAAUGCGAAUGUAGCGAAAAAUGAGAGUAGCAGCGAUGAUGCUACUCCUACUACUACUACAGAUGCUACCAGUACCCCAGUGUCUCGGCAGUUGGAUAUCAAGACCCUGAUCCAGACUAUCAAGUCGCAUCUUUACAAUCGGGACUUUGACUCCGCGUUUACCGAUGCGAAUGAGGAUCUGCUGAGGGCUUAUGCGCUGCGGUGGAGCGCGUCUCGGGCGUUGGGCUAUGCGGGGGUUUUUAGGUCCUUGUUGAAGGUUCUGAUGCAGCAGGAUGGUGGGUUGGUGUCUUCUACUGGUUCGAAUCAUGUUGUUUGUAUUGGGGGCGGCGCCGGCGCCGAGAUCGUUGCUCUGGCGGCUGCUUGGAGGGACUUGGUGGAUGAGGUUGAGAAGGGGGAGGCGCUCUCUGCUGGUGUUGCCGGCGUUUCUUUGGAUGGGGGUGAUCGUGCUGCUGCUGCUGCUGCUGCUGGCCAGGGCUCUGUGCCGAAAUCGAUAAGCCAUCCUGCUCUCUCGGUGACGGCUGUUGAUAUUGCGGACUGGUCGAGCGUUGUGGAUCGACUGUCGUAUACUAUUCGGUCCCCGGCUGUGAUGGGGUCGAGAUCCCAUCCGGCGCCUUUGUUGAAUCUAGGGAAGGGUGGUGAGGGUGAGAAAGAGAGCGAGGAUGCCGAUGGCUUCGCGGUUAGGUUCAGACGCUCGGAUGUGCUUUCUAUCUCGGAAGAGCAGCUUAAGGAUCUUCUCCAUCUUGGCCCUUCGGAUAAGGGCAAUACUACCGUCAUGGUGACGCUCAUGUUCACGUUGAAUGAGCUCUUCUCUACUUCUAUGGCGAAAGCAACUGCUUUCUUGCUCCGCACGACAGACCUCGUACAACCGGGGACUCUGCUUCUUGUGGUGGAUAGUCCGGGAAGCUAUUCCACGUUGAAACUCGGCAAGGGUAAAGCGCAGGACGGCGCGGAGUCUGCUACGGUACAGGAACGGAAGUAUCCUAUGAAGUUCCUCUUGGACCAUACACUUCUUUCUGUUGCGGAGGGGAAGUGGGAGCAGAUCUAUUCGCAAGAUUCGCGGUGGUGGAGGAGAGAUGUGGGUAGGCUGGGAUAUGAUGUGGGUGAAGGGGCUGGGUUGGAGGAUAUGCGGUAUCAGGUGCAUAUUUAUCGGAGGUUGGCUAAUUAGGGGAGGGAAGUUUCGCGGGAAUAAGCCAUAAAGGACGUUAUUGUGAGAUUAGGAUUGCUUGAUUCACAGAAUGAUACCAUUACCGUUAUUUAAUGCAAGCUGUCUCAUCCGAGGAACUUGGAUUAUAUGUAGAGAGGAAU